GCGAUACGGGAGCACGUGGGAAGACUUCGAUGUCCAUCGCGGCGGGGGUCGUCCUCACGAGUACUACGUCGCAGGAAGGGAGUUUUACAACGGCACCAUGGCUAGGAGCGGCUUGACUGGUAGUGUGUCGCCGAACACGGCCAUGAUGAACGAUGGAGCCGGAUGGGGAGUCUCCAACAACGUGCCACAGGCAGCUCCUGCCCCUCCCGCGCCCAUGAACAAUCAUGUGCAGCCUAUCAUGCACAACAUCCUCGUCCUGCAGUGGAUGGUGCCGAAGCAGGCGGAGAAGAUCUUGAGGGCUGGUGUGAUCCUUGGCCUUGUGGUCUACAACAACAUGCCUGGGCUGGAUGUGCGAUUCCCGCCGGUGGUUUUCAAGAAGAUCAAGAACGAGCCCUUGGGGCUGGAGGAUCUUCGGCAUGUGUAUCCGGACACCUAUCUGUCGCUGCGUUCGCUUCUUUCCUGGGAGCCGGAGCAGGCGUUGCAGGAGGAGGAGCUGAAUGCAGUCUUCGAGAACACGUUCUGUCUCGAUUUUGUCGUGACGUUCGAAGUCAAUGGCAAAACGGAGUCACGAGAGCUUUGCAAAGAUGGCAAGGACAAGGCCGUUACCUACAGCAAUCGCGAGGAUUUCGUCAGGCUUUACUGUGAAUGGCUGCUGACAGAGAGUGUCGAGCGCCAGUUUGAGCCCUUCCGAAAGGGAGUGCGGCGAGUGUGCGACUCCCCACUCUUCAAUGCGCUUCACAGCGCCGAGUUGGAGCUGAUUGUCUGCGGAGAGCAGGAGCUGGAGUUUUCGCAGUUGCGGAAAAAUGCUCACUACGAUGGCUACCAGGAGGACUCGUCCUACAUCAAGUCCUUCUGGGACCUUUUGUUGAACUUUGACAAGGUUCAGAAGAAGCGGUUUCUGUCCUUCGUGACGGGUAGCGACCUGGCUCCUGUGGGAGGACUUCAAGAGCUGCAGCUCGUCAUCCAACGCAAUGGAGAUGAGCCUACAGAGCGGCUUCCGACAGCGCACACAUGCUUCAAUCUGCUGCUUCUCCCAGAGUACGGCUCUGAAGCGAAGCUGGAGCGGAUGAUCACCACCGCGAUGCACAACGCCGAAGGAUUUGGUUUGGAAUGA